CGAAAGAGAAGUUGCACUGUGGUAACAGUAGGCUUUAUCUUGAAGACCAAGAGGCGUUUUGCAAAUGUGUAGUAUCAUUUCCUUAAACCACUCAGGACUGAGCUGUGCUUCAGUUCCUCAGUUCUACAUUUUUGCAGAGGUAGAAACACAAGGCUUGACUUUUUUUUUUUUUUUUUGUAAGUAUUACUGAAAGAGUCCAAAUAACCUUUCAUUGAACCGCUUGUUGAGAUGGAGUAACAUGAACAGAUGAACUAGAGAAAGAUGUGACAAACUAGACAGCCCUUCAUUUUAGAGAGCGAAGAUGGAAACAUUGUUUUUCUUCUCUCAAUUAAAUAUGUGUGAAUCAAAAGAAAAAACUUUUUUCAAGUUAAUACAUGGUUCAGGAAAAGAAGAAACAAGCAAAGAAGCCAAAACCAGAGCUAAGGAUAAAAGAAAUAGGUUAAGCCUUCUCGUGCAAAAACCUGAGUUUCAUGAAGACACCCACUGCAGCAGCUCUGCCUACGUGGCCGAAGAAAAAAGAGUCUCCCCUGAAGAAGCAGUGAAAUGGGGUGAAUCAUUUGACAAACUGCUUUCCCAUAAAGAUGGACUGGAGGCUUUUACCAGAUUUCUUAAAACUGAAUUCAGUGACGAAAACAUUGAAUUUUGGAAAGCCUGUGAAGAUUUCAAGAAAAACAAGGACCCUCAAAACAUGAUGCUGAAAGCAAAAGCAAUAUAUGAUACAUUUAUACAGAACGAUGCUCCACAGGAGGUGAACCUUGAUUUUCACACCAAAGAAGUCAUUACUAAGAGCAUCACCCAGCCCACCCUGCGGAGUUUCGACGCCGCACAAAGUCGAGUGUACCAGCUCAUGGAACAAGACAGUUACACACGUUUUCUGAAGUCUGACAUCUAUUUAGACUUGAUAGAAGGAAGACCUCAGAAGCCAUCAAAUCUUAGGAGACGAUCACGCUCUUUUACCUACAAUGAAUUCCAAGAUGUCAAAUCAGAUGUGGCAAUUUGGUUAUAAAGAAAAUUACUUCUGCUUCUUUGGAUGGUAACAUUGUCCAUCUGCUUCUAAGAUACAGUUUGUUUGUGCUAGGAAAUUAUUAAAUCUAAAAAAAAAAAUGCUACAGAAGGAUUCUUUAAGUGUAAAUCACAACUUUUACCCUAACAAAAUACACACUGGAUCUGCCAAGAUAUUCUGUAAAACUUUCCGCUUGACAUCAUUCCAUUCAUGGUCCAAAAGACUAUCUUUGUUAAUUAAAAGGCAGUAAAGAAGCGAUCACGAUGUUUCAUGUGAUUGUGAAAUUAGGUAAAGGUUAAGCUUUUGCACAAUUGUCAAGAGUUUGGUCAAAUACAUAGGUACUUUUUUUUUUUAACAGAAGUAAAUGGCGUGAUACUGAGAUAUUCCUGUGCUCAGACAGCCCAUUCCAUAAUGACCAAUUGCCCUUUCAGCCAAAGUGUAGAAAUGAUGCACUUCUUACAGUACGAGAAGAGGCAGACUUGUUCUUGGGUUAGGAGGCCAUCAGUGGUUUGAAUGAUGAGAGGAAAUUCUCUCUGAGGAUCAUUAAAUCUCACAUUUGAACUUUCAGAGUUGAGGUAGAGAUUAGAAAUGAGAGACUCAAGAAGAAGGAGCCUAGGGUCCGGGAGACUUGGGCACCUGCAAGCUGGCUUGUAUCUAGACAGUUUUCUCCUAUUGACUAGAUCCUUACUUGUUACUUUAUUAUUCCAGGAAGAUCAGACUAAUAUGUACAUAUGUCGCUAUUCUAGGGAAAUAUUUCAUCUUAAUAAGGCGUUACAUGUUCUGUAAAUAUCUGUAUUUAAAGAUGUCAUUUUGGUAAAUGUUAUCCUCUUGGUUAAAAUGUAUAAUAUGAAAACUUUAGAUUAUCUAUAGUAAUAAAUAUUUUUAAUUUGUUUAUUCAUAUAGUUAAGUUUAUCCCACUAGUUAAAGCUCACUACUUAUUGAUUAUACUUCUUAUCCUUCUUUUUAUCAAGUAAAAAAUCAAUGUAUUUUCUUAUUUUAGAAUAACAGGAUAAAAAUAUUAAUUGUGCUAUCAUGUCAUUAAUCUCAACGCUAAAUAAAUUCUUUAUAUUGUUGUGAAUAUAAAAA